AUGAGUUAUAAAUUAAUAGUUUCCAAGCGAUUACUAUCAACUUCAAUUGGGAGAUUAAAUACAUCAUCUUCAACCUCGUCAAAUGUUAUAUUAGGGAAGAUUUCUGAAUUUGAUUCAUCGAAAUUUAAUUUCAAUAUUAUCGCCAAUGAUCCACCCUCCAUUAAUGACAUUAAUGCUGAUCCUAUUCAAUUAGCUUUAAAUUCAUCCCCUAUAAAUACUUGGACUAAAGAUCAAAUUAAACAAAUCUAUGAUACUCCCUUAUAUGAUUUAAUUCAUUUUUCUCAAUUACAACAUCGUAAACAUCAUAAUCCAGGUGAAGUUCAAUUAUGUACCUUAUUAAAUAUUAAAGAAGGGGGAUGUACUGAAGAUUGUAAAUAUUGUUCCCAAUCAUCCAAGAACCCUACUGGUUUAAAAGCAUCCAAAUUAUUACAAGUAGAUCAAGUUAUGGAAAAAGCUCGACAAGCUGCUGCUAAUGGAAGUACCAGAUUUUGUAUGGGGGCUGCAUGGAGAGAUAUGGCAGGAAGAAAAUCAAAUUUAAAAAGAAUUGGAGAAAUGAUAUCUACUAUAAAUAAUGAAUUAGGAAUGGAAACUUGUGUGACAUUAGGUAUGAUUAAUGCUGAUCAAGCUAAAAUCUUAAAGGAUGCUGGUUUAACUGCUUAUAAUCAUAAUAUCGAUACAUCUCGAGAAUAUUAUCCUAAUAUCAUAUCUACUCGAAAAUUUGAUGAAAGAUUACAAACGAUUCAAAAUGUUCAAGAUGCGGAUAUUAAAGUAUGUACAGGUGGGAUCUUAGGAAUGGGGGAAACUUCUGAAGAUCAUAUUUCAUUCUUAUAUACCUUAUCCAACAUGCCCAAGCAUCCUGAAUCCUUACCCAUUAAUAAAUUAGUAUCUAUAAAGGGGACCCCCUUACAUGAUGAAUUAUUAGAAAUCCCUAAGGAUUCAGAACGUCAUUUAAAAUUCGAACAAGUUUUAAAAACAAUCGCUACUGCCAGAAUAAUCAUGCCGAAAUCAAUCAUAAGAUUAGCUGCAGGGAGAUAUACCAUGAAAGAAUAUGAACAAUUCAUAUGUUUCUUGGCGGGUUGUAAUGCGAUUUUCACGGGGGAAAGAAUGUUAACUACAAUGUGUAAUGGUUGGGAUGAAGAUAUUCAAAUGUUAAAGAAUUGGGGUUUAGUUCCAAUGAAAAGUUUCUCAAAGUAA